AUGCCGGGCUCAAGAACUACGAAGAAGGAAGACCCAUCACUGAGGCACCUGACGGUGAAAUGUUCCAACAUCCAGGCAUCCCUACAGGACAUUUUCCGAUUUGUGGAGGAUUUUACGGACGAUACCAUGACGGAGAUGAUCGAGGUGCGGCUUACAAGGUUGGACGAGCUGUGGGAAGGUUUCGAAAAUGUGAUGAUAGAUAUUCAAUCACACGAGGAACAUGUUGAGGAAGAUAAUCCAAAUAUUGAGCGGAAAAGACGAGAGUUUAGUAAUCUUUAUUAUCAAGCAAAGGCUUUCAUGUUGAGCAAGGUUAAGGAUCGUACCGUACCGAAUAGUUCUGGACAGUUGCCUAGGGGAUUAGAUUCGACAAUUCAAGAAACACAUGACCAUAUUAGACUACCUCAAAUCAAGUUACCUUCCUUCUCAGGUGAUAUUGAUGAAUGGCUCGGGUUUAGAGAUCUGUUUAUUUCCUUAAUUCAUGUUAAACCAGAACUUCCAGAUAUUGAAAAGUUCUAUUAUCUGAAAGGAUGCUUGCAAGGAGAAGCCAGGGCCCUACUAGAUCCUAUUCAAGUAUCACAAGCUAAUUAUCAGGUAGCAUGGGACACACUCGUCAAUCGGUACAGUAAUAUAAACGAACGAGAUGCGUUUUUGAAAAGUCAUUCGUUGUGCCGGAAUUGCUUUAGAAUUGGUCACCAUGCUAAGGAAUGCCAGUCAAGAUUCUCGUGUAGAAUCUGUAAAGGGCGACACCAUACGCUCGUAUGCUUCAAAACCAACCGGCAGGAUGGAGUUCUGGAGGAUUCCCAGGUUAGGAUCAGCAACACGUCAUCAGCUACGGAGGAGGCUGAAGAAUCAAACCCGUCUUUUGAAGUGACUACCACGGCGACUACAAGCACUACCGUUUCUAAUUGCAACGCUUAUAACACUUCACGAAUUUUAUUAGCGACUGCAGUGGUGUUGAUUGAGGAUGACAUAGGCUGUCAGGUUCCGGCUCGAGCGCUCCUGGAUUCGGGUUCGGAAAGUAACUUCAUUACAGAAACAUUAAGUCAAAGGAUUAACUUGUCACGCGAAAGGGUUCAAAUUUCCGUGUCUGGAAUUGGUCAAGCCUCUUUAAAGGUGAAGCAAAGAGUGCACGCUGUUAUCAAGUCUAAAAACUCUAACUUCAACAAGCCAAUGAGUUUUCUUGUGCUUCCAAGGGUAACAGCGAAUCUACCAACUACUACAAUCAACACAAGGGAAUGGAAAAUACCAGACGGAUUUAAACUGGCAGAUCCGUCAUUUUUCGAAUCCAAGUCGGUCGACAUCGUUCUUGGAAUCGAGGCAUUUUUUGAAUAUUUUGAGACUGGCCGUAGAAUUUCCUUAGGGGAUGGCAUGCCGGCACUUACAGAGUCAGUAUUUGGAUGGAUCGUUAGUGGAGGGCUCGCGGAUCCAAGUCAAUCACUAAAACUUAAUUGCCACGUUUCUAUGGAAGCGAAAUUGGAAGAAAUUCUCACACGAUUCUGGGCUGCAGAAGAAGUUGGAACCAGCCGGAAAUACUCACCAGAGGAACAACGUUGUGAAGAUAUGUUCCGGGAAUCCAUAAAGCGUAAUGGAGAGGGCCGUUAUAUAGUGUCACUUCCAAAAAUUACCAACAUUUGGGGCCAAUUAGGAAGCUCGAAGGAUAUUGCCUUGAGACGUUUACAUUCCACCGAGAGACGAUUAGCAAGAAACGAAGAACUUCGAAAACAAUAUCUUUUGUUUAUGGCCGAAUACGAAAUGUUAGGGCAUAUGCAAGAAAUUAUUCCCCAGGAGGUUAGUUCAGUUAAGCGAUGUUAUUUACCACACCACCCUGUUAUUAAAGAGGACAGCACAACUACCCGAUUAAGAGUGGUUUUUGAUGCAUCCUGCAAAACUUCUUCAGGAUGUUCACUGAACGAUCUUCUACUUACUGGCCCUGUCAUUCAGGAUGAUUUAAGAGAAAUUAUACUCCGAUGCCGAACGAAACAGAUAUUAGUAGUAGCAGACGUGGAGAAAAUGUUUCGACAGGUGCUGGUCAACCCUAAGGAUAGGCCGUUGCAAACCAUUCUAUGGCGCGCCUCUCCAUUAAACGAAGUUAAAACGUAUGAACUGAACACAAUUACUUACGGGACGAAGGCCGCGCCCUUCCUGGCAACAAGGGUUCUGAAGCAAUUGGCGUUAGAUGAAAGGCAUCGAUUUCCGUUGGCAGCGAAAGCAUAUUUGGAGGAUACUUACAUGGAUGACGUUAUUACGGGGGCGGACGACGCUGAGACAGCACUCGAGCUGAGGAUUCAGCUGGAAAAAGCUGCUACUUGCGGUGGAUUCCGUCUCCGAAAAUUCGCUUCGAACGCUAAACAAAUUUUGGAGAGUGUGUCUAAGGAAAACCUGGCAAUUUUGGAUUCAUCGAUACAUCUCGACGCAGAUCCAUCGGUGAAAACUCUUGGGUUAUCUUGGCUACCCAACUCAGAUGUUCUCAUGUUUCGUUUCAAUGUACCUGUGCUUCCUGAACACGAAACUUUAACCAAACGUCGUAUUUUAUCGGUUAUUGCCACGCUUUUUGACCCAUUGGGAUUACUUGGUGCAGCAAUAACCAAGGCAAAGAUAUUGAUGCAGCAGCUCUGGACUCUUAAAGAUGAAUGCGGAAAUAGGUUGGGCUCGGAUCAACCUGUGCCUUCUACGGUGGGUGAGAUUUGGAGGAACUACUACUAUCAGCUACCUGUUUUCAAUCAGAUCCAGGUGAACCAUUGCGUUAUUUUGCCUAAUGCAAUUACAGUGGAAUUUCAUUGCUUUUCGGACGCGUCAGAGCGAGCGUUCGGUGGUUGUAUUUAUGUUCGGAGUUUCGAUGCCCAAGGCGCGGUUAAAAUUCAGUUGUUGUCGUCUAAAUCAAAGGUAGCACCAUUAAAAUGCCAGAGCAUUCCGCGCUUAGAGCUAUGUGGAGCGCUGCUAGUUGCUGAACUCGAGGAGAAGGUGAGAAAAGCGGUAAAAAUCCAAACCAUCGGCACUAUUUUUUGGACAGACUCGACCUGCGUGUUGAGAUGGAUUCAAGCUCCACCACUGACGUGGACUACCUUUGUAGCCAACAGAGUAUCAAAAAUUCAAACUCUAACAAACGGAUGUGAAUGGCGACAUGUAUCAGGCUUAGACAAUCCGGCAGAUCUAAUCUCAAGAGGAAUAUCACCUACAAACAUAGUGGAUAAUCAUUUCUGGUGGAACGGACCAGCAUGGUUGAAGGAAAACAGGGAACAGUGGCCAACUUCAUCAGAUGAUAUUCCAGCAGACGUUGGAAAUGACGAGCUACGACGCACAACAGUUGCUGCAACAGGAUCGAGCUACGCUGACUUCAAUGAAUGGUUUUUUGGGAAAUUCUCUAGUUAUUUUGAAAUGAUUAGGAAAACGGCAUAUUUAUUACGCUUUAUGAAACUGAUUCAAAAAAAAUUAGAAGGUGAACCUAAUGCAUUUCUGUCCAGCGCUGAAAUAAAAGAAGCUGAAAGAGUUUUGAUUCAUCGAGUUCAACAGGAAACGUUUGCGGCGGAAAUUACAGCACUAAGGAAAAACGAAGAUGUCUCCUCAAAAUCUCCGUUGAAAUGGUUUCGCCCGUUUUUAGACGAGGAUGGAUUGGUUCGUUUAGGUGGUCGUUUGAAAAAUUCUUCCGAAAUUGCCGGUUUCAAAAAUCCAGUGAUCCUACCUGCAAGACAUAUCAUCACCCGAUUAAUUUUUGAGCAUUAUCAUCUUCGCCUUAUGCAUGCCGGACCUCAGCUCCUUCUUGCAUCGGUUCGCCAAAAAUUCUGGCCACUAGGCGGCAGAAGCGUUGCCAAGCAAAUAGUGCAUAAAUGCAUCAAGUGUUUCCGGUCAAGGCCUACGCCCAUUCAACAGCUGAUGGGAGACUUACCAGCGGUCCGUGUAACGGAGUCCCGACCAUUCGCAAAUACAGGUGUGGACUAUUUUGGGCCAAUGUACACUAGACCAGCUCCCCGUCGCCCAGCGGUCAAGGCCUACGUAGCUAUCUUUAUAUGCAUGUGCACAAAGGCUGUCCACAUGGAGCUCGUGACGGAUCUGUCUACCGAUUGUUUCAUUAAGGCUUUGCAACGGUUCAUUUCUAGGCGCGGAUUUUGUUCACAAAUCUUUUCAGAUAAUGGAACCAAUUUUGUUGGCGCAAGAAACAAAUUUGUAGAGUUGCAGCGUCUGUUAAAAAAUAAAACGCAUCAUGAAAAGGUUUCCAAGGAAUGCUCAAGGCUGAUGAUUCAGUGGCACUUUAGUCCUCCUGCCUCUCCGCAUUUUGGGGGGCUUUGGGAGGCUGCGGUUCGGUCGGCAAAGAAACAUUUGUUGAUUGUGAUUGGCGAAACCCCUCUUCCACCAGAAGAUUUAUCAACACUCGUAAUUCAAGCUGAAGCUUGCCUAAACUCACGCCCGAUUAUGCCGUUGAAGGAUGAUCCGACUGAUUUGGAACCGCUAACUCCGGCUCACUUUAUCAUUGCCAUUUUCAGUUGA